AAAGGGGUCCAAGUAGCAUGCUUUUCAUUGUAAAAUCAUAAAUAAAAAUGGCUACAGGAGAAGCAGAAGCUCCAUCAUCAUCAUCAUCAGAAGUUAAUAAGAUAGUAAGAGAUAAGUACAGAUCUUUCUUGGGUGAUGAAGACAACACCAAUACUGUAUGGAGACAUGGUGUUCCUCCCACCUAUGAUAGUGUUAAUCUCCUCUUUGAACAAGGCAGAACUAAGGAAUGGCCAAAGGGAUCCCUAGAAGAAAUAGUACAAAAUGCUGUCAAAUCAUGGGAAAUGGAGCUCUCUCACAAGAUUCGUUUGCAAGAUUUCAAGAGUAUUAACCCUGAAAAAUUCAAGCUCUUUGUUAAUGGAAGAGAAGGGUUAAAUGGAGAAGAAACUCUUAGAGUUGGGAGCUACAAUGCACUGAUGAAGAACUCUCUGCCAAAGGAGUCUCAGUAUUACAAAGCAGAAGAAGAAACCUUUGAAUCAUCACAUGAAGUGUUCAGGUCAGCUCUGCCAAGAGGGUUUGCAUGGGAAGUGGUUCAUGUCUAUUCAGGACCUCCUCUUAUUGCCUUCAAGUUCAGGCAUUGGGGUCUCUUUGAGGGCCCUUACAAGCAACAUGCUCCUACUGGUGAAAUGAUUCAGUUUUAUGGCAUUGCCACUCUCAAGGUUGAUGAUACACUGAAGGUAGAGGAAGUUGAGGUGUAUUAUGACCCUGCCGAGCUAAUUGCAGGGUUUCUGAAGGGAGAGGUUAUUUCAGAAUCUGGUGGGACUGAUGAAGGCUCAGAAGCCAAACUUGAAUGUCCUUUUUCCAAACUUAAUGUUAAAUAAUUGUUUCUGUGCUCCUUCAACUACUUUUACCUACUUUAUGUAUAAUAUAAUUGUGUCUAGUGUUUAUUUAUGAUUUUAAGCCAAAAAAAAAAAUAGUUAAACAUUGCUUGAUAUUUGUAUUUUAUUCUUGUAUUUGAAAGUUUAUAUGUACCCAGCAGAUUUCCACUUAAUUUAAGCAAUAAUUUCAAGUUAAAACUAA